GUUGAGCUGACGAUGCACGACGGUACAGUACGAGACGUGUGCUUUAUCGAGGACACCUCAAACAAGACCAGUCUGUUGGUGAGCGGCGGCGCCGGCGAUUGCAAGAUAUACGUCACCGACUGCGCUACAGGCAAAACUUUCCAGGCGUUAAGCGGUCACUCGGGGCACAUUCUGUCCCUGUACAACUGGGGCGGUGCUAUGUUCGUGUCGGGCAGCCAAGACAAAACCGUACGGUUCUGGGACCUUCGCACUGGUGGCUGCGUUAACAUCAUUUCGCCCCCAGCGGGUCAACCGAACAAGGGCUCAGCGGUGGCUUCAUUAGCCGUGGAUCCAAGCGGCAGGCUGUUAGUGUGCGGUCACGACGAUGGCUCGUGCGCUCUCCACGACGUGCGCGGCUCCCGAGCACUGCAACGCUUCACGCCACACUCCGGUGACCUCCGCAGUGUUCGCUUCUCGCCUGGGGCGUAUUACCUGCUCACAGCCGGAUACGAUGGACGCGUCGUGCUCACUGAUCUUCAGGGUGACUUGACUUGCGCCCUGCCCAGCGUGCCCGUAGCUCGUCACCCCGACAAGGUGAUCUCGGCGAGGUGGCAUCCCGACGACUUCUCGUUCCUGUCGACGUCGGCCGACAAGACCGCCGUACUCUGGACGAUACCGCCCGUCUAGCGAUCACAGAACUAAGGCCCGAUCGGCCCAUAAGCGGAGUUUACCUCCAAGUGUAAUCCGUUGGCGAACUUUCACCACAUAUCUCAAAGAUUUUACUAAAUUCGCCGCGUGAAUCUGCAGCUUUGCCUUAAAACUAGUAAAAUAUAGGUAUAGCAUAGAAUACGCCAGUAACGCGGGGGAGUUAGUAGAAUCUUGAAUUUGUCUAUAUAUGACUAACUCGUAUGAAGUUUGUGAACUUAAGCGUAGGAGGUAAUUGCGAGGGUACGUUUAAUGCAAUCCAACCACGAACGUCUUGCGAUUUAAACGAUGUUUACAUUAAUAAAAGUAUUAACGCACAACAGUUACUGAAAUCGCCUUUGCACUGCACCAACCGCUAGCCUACCAGCGACUAUUUUGCUUAUUUCCAUUGAAAGUAAUUAAAUGGUCUCAGCUUUGUGGUACUCUUGAACCAAGCGAAGAGGUCGAUCAUUUGUUAAAAUAAAUAAAACAAAGUGACCACUUCUUAAUAAUAUGUACGUCAACUUUUGGCUACAGAUGGAGCAGUAAUCAAAACUUAGUACUAGAUGGCACUACUAGUAAUAAACAAUGUGGUCGCAUAAUUUGGGAUGUCACAAGACAACCCUUGUCGAAUAUUUAGCUAUCGAUAAAGUAAUUGGUUACCUCUAGUGAGGUCGGCUUUACUGUAUUUUUGUAAAUUAAACCUUUAAUUUUAGGCCUAAUGUUAAUUUGCCCUGAAAGGUGGGUCUAUUCAAAAGUAUUAAAAGAGCUGGCGAAUAAUUGAGAAAUAUCGUUUAAUGACGCCUCGUGUAAGAUAUCUAGAAGUUGAAUGGUUAGUGGUCAUAACUUAGAUCUGCCUUUCAGGAGUUUUAGAUAGAAGUGAACCUCACUGGCUUCCGGAACUCCUUAAAUUUCUACAUCUGCGAACAUUUUCUUCCUCCGUAUUUAUUAGGGUCGCGUAGAAAUUACUUCUUGUCCAUGAUUAAUCGUGCUGUGCUGAAAGAAUGCUAAUAAUUUUAUCUCUCGAUCCAAAUAAAAGCUUUAAAUUUCGUCAGUUGUCCACAUUUUUGACUUGAAUGCAAGUAGAGCCAAGUUAGGGUCAAGUGUAAAUAUGCUUUAGUUGUAAAUGUUCUAUACUUGAUUGGUUUGUUCGAGGCACGCUCUCUUCCGUGGACACCGAUUAAACUGUAUUUUAUUUUAAUACGCGUAUUCUUCCAUACGUAGUGAUCGUUUGUCACAAACAUAGCCUGUAGCUACAGGGUAAGACCAACGAGACUAGUUAAAAAUAUAGACUAACUUUAGAAUUUUAUCUUUUUGUUUGGUUGUCCUAAAAGAGAGAUCUUGAUCAAAAACAAAACGACUGAUCUAAGAUGACUGCCCUGUACCACGAAACGCACAACGACGACGAAAAUAAAAUACUUGUAUCAAGAUGUUAUUAGGCAGUAGAGGUUAUUGUUUAUAUUUUUAUCUUCUCUCGUCAUUCUUACCUUAGUUUGUUAAUGUACUGAUCUUGAUAUUAUUUACAAUACUAGUUCACGGUUACGGAUUAACUUAUUUAGGUUUAGUGAAAUGCUAAAUAUAUGACGAUCAGAUUUUGAUAUAAUAACUUAGUUUAAGUAUAGAGUAUCGAUAUCAGCCGUCUGUGUAAUUUAAAUGUAUUUAGGAAAAUGCCGUUUAUUGUAGCACUGACAAGCUCAUUUAUGUUGAUUUCUCUAUUUUCUAGAAUGAAUAUGUAUUAUAGAUAUAAUAUAUGUUUGUGGUAAGGACGACCUACAAUAAUUUCCUCCUCUUUCUUCCAUUUAUACAUCGCGCUUUAUCAUCUACCAAUUUAAAACAUCCAGUUUUACCCGCGUAGUCCCUUGUGGGUGAUUCAGCAUAGACAAAUAUUGCGCUAAAGCCUUAAAUUGUAGUCCAUACUUAAUAUCAAGUUAUAGAAAGAAAAAAAAAUGUAGAAAAAUGAGAAAAUAUAUGUAUGUAGGUAUAUAUCCCUCCUUUAAAUAUAUGGACACCAGUGCUGUAUGGACUGGCCAGUAAUAUAAAAAACUGAUUGUAAAGGCGCUAUUUUAGUGUAGUCUACGCAGUUUAUAAUAUAAUGAUAAAAUUGAAUAAAAUUAAACCGUCUUUACAUUAUUAUAAA